CUCUCUCCGACCUGCCUGAUCCCGCCUGACCUGCCCUCCUGCUCUGUCCUGCACUGCUGCCCUAAAGAUGCUGCCCCUUAUUCCUCGUCGUACCCACGUCUCAUCUGUUCGUGUAGGAUUGACCUUCCUGGUGCUCGACUUCUGCCUGUGCAUCAACUAUUCUUUUGGAUCUCCCUUCUGGUUUUGGCUGCUCUGGGUUCCGUAAAUAAAACGAUUGGCUACUGCACUUCAGGGUCUGCCUCUUGCGUUUGUACUGGUCUUCACAAUAUCAAUGGCAGCGAUAGACUUUGCAGCUUUACAGGUCAUUAAUAAUAAGUCUACUUCAAGUGUAAGUCAAGAUGAGUGCUUCUCAGUCAAUGAGGUACUGCAUUUGCCCAUUCCAGUACCUGGAGCCCAGGAGUGUACAGACCAUAUACACUGGCACGCCAUCUAUCUCCAAUGAAGGAGGAGGCAUUGCUGAGGAGAGGUUGGGGAACACUGGAGAACCCUGAAGGGGUCAGUGUUCCUGGGAGAUAGCUUCCUCGAGGGGAGACAGAGCUUGAUAUCUCUCAGAUUGAGAUUAAUAUGCAUCCUUUUAGAUCCCCUGUCACCAUCAAAACUACACUAUCUCUGUCUUUCAGACAUGUCUGGUCUUAUUCUUUAGGAGGGUCAGACAAAUCCACCAAAAUAUCAGACAAAUGAUUGUGAAAACGGAACUUUCUGUUCAUACAACCGUUCAGCCCAGGAAACACUCCCAAACGAGGAACUCACAGGCACGGUGUUACAAAGUCAGUAUCUCACAGGGGAACAUUGCAUCUGGUGUUUCAGGACGUGGUCGUAGGAAACACUGUCAGCAGGAUACAUUUAGCUAACGUGGACACAACCUCUCGCUGUGAGUGUUAGCGGUCCCACCGUCCGGUCUCUCCUAGCACCAUCUUGUCGUUUCUAACCUUGUGGAAUACUUGAGCUAACUUUGACUAAGCUAUGUAAAACAAAGUUAAACCGUUUAAAUUCACCAAUAAAAACUUGAUGGCUAAGUUUUUUAUUGCUAUGAAGUAUCGCAUUUGUGGUGAUUUAAAAUAACACAUUAACAAACACGACUAAUGUUUUUUACCCCAUAACACUUUUAGCUGUCUGGCCCUUUUCAUCUCUAACAUGAAAAGAUCGACAAGUCAGGAGCAACAUUAAAUGUAUUUUUAUUCUUUUAAAGAAAGGAGUUUGGGGCUCUUGGUGGGUGGCUUGUGAUCUGUUUUUUCACCUUGUGGGGUUUUUUUUAAAUAGGUUGUUUUGAUGUCUUUGUUGGUGGAUCAUUGCAUCCGCUGUUUCAGGGUGGUUAUAGGAAACACUGUCAGAGUACCUGUCUACCCCCCAGAAGCUGUCAGUCAAACGCCCCCAUCUGUGAUAUCAUCACAGUCCCCAUUAAGCUCUACCCUAAGUGCCUAUUAACCCUCUGGGGUCUAGGGGUAGGGAACACACUUUCAUUGACUGGGGCAUGGUCACACAUUUCAUUCAAUAUCAUAAACUUAAUUCAUGGCAAAAAAAUAUUUCUUAUAUAUUUUUGGUAUGAAACUCAUCUUAAUCUUAGUGUACUUUGUAAAUAUGUCAGAUUUAUGUGAAGUUUGUAAUUUGACAUCAAAGUAUAGACAUUGCAAAAUGCAGUUUGGAACACUUGCAGAAACAUUAUAAAAGUACAUAGUAAGCAAUGGUGGCAGUUUGUUUUGAUCCCAGAUAUCUGAUCACCAAAGUCUUGGGUACAUGAAGAUGACGAAAUGUUGUAGUUACAACAUUCAGUUUGAUAAAUAAAUAAGUAAAACCUAACUCAUGUCACUAUGUCUGAGCUUCUUUCAUUGAAUAUGUAGCAACUUUCAUGUGUAUGCAUUAGCCAUUCACACCUUCACACCUCCCCCCCUUUUAUGGCACUGAUGGGGAUGUAUCUGGAUCGCGUUUCACCGUUGCAUUGUACAUCAAAUUACCAUACGCAGUAAUGCGGCUAUUUAUAAUGCGAAUAGGGAUCUUCAGGUGAGGGCGGCACUACACGCCCCUGAUGCAGGUAAAACAAACAAAGGUGACAUGGUUUAAUUUUUUGCCGAUUUAACUUAAUUUUAAAAACUGUAAUAUUUCCAACAAUUGAUGUAUUGAAAAGAAGACAGUUUACGCAUUUAGUCAGUGUUUUUUUCAUGAUUCUACAUGAAGAUUUCAGCGAGAUAUAAACUGAAAUAGACACGAAAAGUACGCUGUGUUGCCCACGACGCACUCGACCCCAGAGGGUUAACCUCUCUUCCCCAGUUGACAGCCAUACCCAUUGUCCAGGGUGGAGGAGUGGCAUGGGAUGGCGAUAACGGUCAACAUCCACUUUGUGCCAUUGUGUUUCGGGUCAGGUAAAUAUGAGCUGCUUCCCAGACUUCCCAGGAUAUCCCGAACCAGGGGCCUCAUUUGUCAAACUUUGCAUAAAUUACAUUGUGAAAAAAACCUACGCAUGGAAAAAAUACUGAUUUAUCAAACCUAGUGUACAACAGUAAUGCUGGAACAAUCUUGUAAAUGUGCAUGCGUGUACAAGCAUGAGAUCCUGCCUGGGCUACCACCCACAAUUAAACAUAAAUGGUCAAUGCAAAUGAGCUACAAGCUCAUAUAGUAUGCAGGUAAAGCCUUUCGGAUUGCAAAUCUGGCAAUAGUGACAUGUUGGGAUCAGACAUGCUGGCUACGAGGAAGAAGGCAGCCUUUCCCAGAAAUCCUGUAAUCAUUGGCCCUGCAUCAGCACACCACAAGCUCAAGAGACUUGGACUUUGGAAUUUUAAGUAGUUUUUUUCUAACUCAGGCAAAGAGUCAGGUUUUUUUCCUUUCUUUUUUUCAUCGCUCCUCAGCUUCAUCGAGGUUUUCAACAAAGGGUUUAUUUUAUUCAUUUAUCAGUAUUGUAUAUGUCAAUUAAUGUGUGUGAAACCCCAAUGUAAAAUCUAGUUUAAACCUUUAAAAGAAUAUGUUAUUUGAAGCUAACGGUUUUGUUAUUUAUGAUUAGUUUUCUGGUGUAAAAGCAGCCAACAGGGAAAAGAAAAUCAUGGAUGACCUUAACGAGACCUUCGAUUAUGACUACAAUGAAACUGCUGUUCCGGAUAAAUUAGAUGCAGAAGCACAAGAAAUGAAUAAUUUAAUAUACAUGUACACAGGGAUGUACAGCAUCACCAUUCUCUUGGGAGUAUCGUUAAAUAUCCUGGUCAUCAUCACUCUUUUCCGUAGAAUUGGGAAUUAUGAAGCUGCCGUCUGGCUCUUGGGCAUGGCCAUCUCAGACCUGAUCUUCUGCCUGUUCCUGCCGUUUCUCAUUGUCUCUGCCUGGGAAAACUUCACCUGGAGGUUUGGGUGGAUACUGUGCAAGCUGAAUUCAUUUGUGCCAUUCAUGUCCAUGUAUUCAACGGCCUUCAUUCUUAGCUUCAUGAGCCUGGAGCAGCUGUUCUUCAACAGAUUAUCUUGUAUUAGCUGCAGGUUUAAUGCAUCAAAACUCACGUUACUGAUUUCUUGGUUUGCUGCAGCUGUCCUGAGCUGCCCAUCCCUGGUGUACAGGGUAGUUCAGUACAAGAAUAACGGGGAGGUGUGCAUGGACAAUUAUGAGUAUGAAACCACCGGGCUGGUAACCUCAGAGGGGCUAAUGAGAAAAAGAGUUGUGCUGUACAUGCGAUUCAUCUUUGGAUUCAUACUUCCUGUAGCUUCAGCAGCCAUCUGCUAUUGCUUAUUGGUCUUGAGGAAGAACAGUUUCCAAAUUAAGUCAUCUGUGAAUUAUCACAUCACAAAGGCCCUGGUCAUUGGCCACUGCCUGUGCUGGCUGCCUUGUCUCUGUCUGCCACUCUGGCAGCACCACUCAACUACAGAAAUUUCUCCCAUUUUCGCAAUUAUCGUACCUGUUAGCAAUGCACUUGCAGCCAUGAGCGGAUGUAUCAAGCCCGUCAUCUACAUCUUUAUCGGUGACAGCCUUUGCUUUCCCUGGAUGACUGAUGAUUAUGCCACAACCGAAACGGAGCUAAGAGAGAUGGCCGAUAAAAAUGAUCCAUAAUUCAAUACCGAAAUAUUUGGACACUGUGAGGGUAAGUAUUACAAUCUCUUAACCUUUUUAAAAAAAAUACAUUAUCGAUAUGUGGAUUAUAGACCUGUUGUGUAUGGUAAAUUUUUAGUUCUAUUAAGACCUAAAUAGUGAACAAAAGCAAUAAAAUGGCUCCUUUAUAACUAUUAAUUAUAGCAAGGGUAAAUGUUCAAUAAAAAUAAAUACUAAUUUAAAUAUUACUUACUAAUAGACCAAUGGAAAUACUUGAUGUGAUAAUUAAAAAUAUUGAAAUCCAUUUCAAGGAUGUUAUGGUGGCGCAGUGGUGUCAUGGUGGCGCAGUGGUUAGCACUGUUGCUUCACAUAUCUGUUUGUUCUCCCUGUAUCGUUGUGGGGUUCCCUCUGGGUACCCUGGUUUACACUCACAUUCCAAAGUUAAUUGGAGUCGCUAAAUUCCCCAUAGGUGUGCUUAUGUGAGUGAAUGGUGUGUGAGUGUGCCCUGCAAUAGGUUGGUGCCCCAUCCUGGGUUGUUCCCUGCCUUGUGCCCGUUGACUCCAGAAUAGUCUCUGGACCUCCGACACUCUAGAUAGGAUAAGCAGAAGAUAGAUGAAUGGACAUCAAUUUCACACAAAGCAAACCAAUGAAGAAACUAAUAUGAUACUGAUAAGAAAUAAAUAUAGUCUCUGCAGAAAUGCAAUUCACCAAAUCAAAGACAAUGUCUUCUCAGCCACUAGGUCAACAGGAUGGAACUAAGAAUUCAACUGAAGUGAGAUGCCUGAGCUGAUCAGCUGUACAUCUGAAGUAACAAAGAUACACUAUAUUGCCAAAAGUAUUGGGACACCUACCUUUUACGCACACAUGAACUCUAUCCAUCCGUUCAUCUUCUCUUUUCCAGGUCGGGUCGCUGGGGCAACAAUCUAAGCAGGGAAACCCAGACUUUCCUCUCCCUGGCCACUUCGUCCAGCUCCUCCGGGAGAAUCUCAAGGUGUUCCCAGGCCAGCCGAGAGACAUAGUCUCUCCAGCAUGUCCUGGGUCUUCCCUGGGGCCUCCUCCCAGUGGGACAUGCCUGGAACACCUCCCCAGGGAGGCGUCCUAAACAGAUGUCUGAGCCACCGCACCUGGCUCCUCUCAAUGCGGAGGAGCAGCGGUUCUACUCUGAGUCCCUCCCAAAUGACUGAGCUCCUCACCCUAUCUCUAAGGGAGAGCCCAGCCAUCCUGCGGAGGAAACCCUUUUCAGACGCUUGUAUUUGUGACAUUGUUCUUUCUGUCACUACCCACAGCACAUGACCAUAGGUGAGGGUAGGAACGUAGAUCGACUGGUAAAUCAAGAGCUUCGCCUUCUGGCUCAGCUCCUUCUUCACCAUGACAGACCGAUGCAGUGCCCGCAUCACUGCUGAUGCCGCACUGGUCCGCCUGUCAAUCUCCCGCUCCAUCCUUCCCUCACUAGUGAACAAGACCCCAAGAUACUUAAACUCCUCUACUUGGGCAGGGACCACAAACCGGAGAGAGCAUUUUACCCUUUUCCGGCUGAGGACCAUGGUCUCGGAUUUUGAGGUGCUGAUUCUCAUCCCAGCCGCUUCACACUCGGCUGUGAACUGUCCCAGUGAGAGCCGAAGGUCACGGUCCGAUGAAGCCAACAGAACCACAUCAUCUGCAAAAAGCAGAGACCUAAUCCUGAGGUCACCAAACCGGACACCCUCAAUGCCCUGGCUGCACCUAGAAAUUCUGUCCAUAAAAGUUAUAAACAGAAUCGGUGACAAAGGGCAGCCCUGGCGGAGUCCAACCCUCACUGGAGUCCGAUUUACAAUGCGGACCAAGCUCUGACACUGGUCGUACGGGGACCAAACUUCCUUAUAAGGAAGCCUAGCACCCCAUGCUCCCGGAGCACUCCCCAGCUAAUUCAGCGCCUGGGGAGCAGUGCUUGGGGGUGGUGCCUUGCUCAGGGUACCUCAGUGGUGCCUUGCUGGUCAGGGAUUCGAACCAGUAAUCUUUCAAUUACAAGUGUGCUUCCCUAACCAUUAAGACACUACUGGCCACAAGGCAUAUAUUACCCUUUCAAGUAAGUGGCAGAUUGUGAGGAUGUAAAUUGUAAUAAUUUAUAAAUUUGUAAUUUAUUUUUUCAGGGAAACAAGCAGACAAAGCAUUUCCUACAGUAUGGAGCAGUUUGACUUGGAAAACUAUUCCAAUGACUAUGAAAAUGACACCUCUGAAAGCACAACAUGGUUUAUACUCACCACAGAUCCUGCAGGAAUGACCUUUCCUGCAUAAUUGUCACUCUUCAUCUGCUUACUGGGGAUUUUUGGGAAUGGUGUUGUCAUCUGGAUUGCUGGGCUGAAAAUGGCCAAGACUGUCAACAUAACCUGGUAUCUCAGCCCGGCGAUCUCCGACUUCCUGUUCUGCCUUUUCCUCCCUGAGGCAAGAAGUUGAAGACUAUUUACAGGGGGCAGUCAUACUCCAUGCUGAUGUGGCGAUGCCUCUCAAGAUGUGGUUUCACUGCAUCAAAGGCACAGUCCAUCCAAAUUCAAAAUGCAUUUUCCACAUGCAAGGCAGAAAAGGCUAUGAAACAAAAAAAAUUAUAUUCAAAAGUUUUGGGAUGUUCUUGGUGGUUGAAAUUUAGGCUGGUAGAUAUUCCUAUAUUCUCUAUUCAUGAUAUUAUUUAUGGAUUUUCCUAACAAACAAUAUGAUUCUAUUGGAGAAAUUCUUUAUUCAGAGUUUGUAAAAAUGAUUUCAUUUUUCAGGAGGAGUUAAACACUUUUUAUUGGUCUCAAGUAUAUGAGAAAAAAGUAUGCAAAAUAUUUCUUUACAUUUUUUUAUAUUUUAUUAUACAUGAGUCAUGUCCCCACUUUUUCUCACUCGAUCUCUUCUCUCAAUCUAUUUUGUGUGCCUUCUCUAGUGUACUUGUUAUAUAAGGCUGUCUUGAAUGUGUUAGUAAUUGUCACACUGCAGUGAUGAUUUUGGUUUGUUCUUAGUUAUAAGUAAAGCAUAAAAAGAAGAUUUGUUUGGCGCAGGUGGGUGUGGAAUUUUGUUUACAGACUACAUUCAGUGUAUUUAAGCUUUAUUGCAGAUUGUUUAUUCCAAGCAUCGUUAUCAUUGUAAAUUUGUAUCAUACCGCAUAUUAAGCUCAUUUAUGCUUUUAUUGUAAGAACAUUGUGCCUGAUGCAGUUAUUUGAGAGUGAUAUCUUUUAAUGUGUUAUCGGAGGUAUUAAUUUUUAUAAAGAAUAUAGCUGGUCAUGCUUUUGUUGGUAAUUUUUUUUUGUGUUUGCACCUGUAGGUAUGCCACUGCAUCUGGCUAAUUUUUUACCAUAACUUACACAGCAUUUUAAAACAUUCUAACUAUAAUACAGAUAAAGAUAACUGCUUUUAAAGUAUUUAUCAAUCACAGACAGUCAUCUUAAAGGUAAUUAAAUUCUCUGGAUCUACAGCUUUAGCUUCCUGGAAAAUUUCACUAUUAAAUAUCUACAUACUGUAUAAUCAUGAUUAAAUAUUGCUUCAGUAGUGUACAGGCCUUAUGUUACAUUAAAAUAACUCAGGUCAUUUAUAUAGAUGUAAGAUGCAUUAUAUUUUUUUCUAGUAACCCUGACACUUAAAGCUAACAACAAGUGACCCGUGGUUGGUCUUCACACUCAAGAAUGUUCAUGAAACAGAUAUGAGCGAGAAAUGUGAUGUGUUAAAUCACAUUUAAGAGAACAAACUUUGUGCAUUUAAUGUGAGUUCAACCAGCACGGAGUCGAUGUAAAUGCUCUUGGUAAGUUUGCCUCAAUACACUUUUCCUUUUGGCUUUGUGAUGAAUAAUAAUAACUGUUCCGACUCACUAUCUUAUAUUGUAAUGAUACUUUUUUGAAUGAUCAUGCCUUAAUCAUUGGUGACAUAGAAUGAAUAUCUGACUUUACCCCAGCAUAGUUGAGCAAAGAGAGUUUGGUACAUGGAACUGGCAAACAGUGAAUCUCAAACACUUGUUCCCUCUUUAAAAUAUAAAUCCCACAUAUGAAAAAAGGCAUUAAAACAGGCUUAUUAAAAAAUCCUAGACAGUCUUAACUAUGCCCCCAAACGUAACAAACACCUGCCCACACUAAAGCCCAAUGGACCUGCAGAACCUGCAACACAUAUUUGUGCCCCUCACUUGAGGAUCACAGUUUCCACAAGUGCACCUGGUGAGGAAAAAAAUAUACGAGUACUGUAAAUAUACUGAGAGCCACUCAUGUAAGGUUAUUUAAUACUGAUGGGCUUAGAAGGUCAGUCCAAUUUAGGGGUACAUUUCCUAAAUGCUCCCAUUCAGUAUGUAAAUUCCUCACAUUGUUAGCAACUGUGCUUUCAGGAAACAUAACCCAGGUCAAACAUAACCCAUCAACUGCAUGAUGAUUCUAGCACCGGAAAAUCAUUUUUCGAAACAAAACCCAAAAUUGCAAUUUUCUUUACAAUGCUAAAAACAAAAGUUAUGAUUCUGCUAACGUGCCUAGGUUGGAGUGUAGCGUAUUACAGUUACGUGUAGCAAAGUAGAAAGAGUACACUCCAAAAUAAUAAUAGAAAUGACAGGUGUAGCAAAUAUACAUAAACCAGUAACAUAGUUUUUUAUAGUUGUAUGAGCAUGUACCAGGUGACCAGGCGAUAAGAAUUUUUCCGCUCUGUUGUAAUCGUAUUGGACAACAGUCUUAAGUCUGGUCUGUCAUUAACCGAAUUAUAGUUAUACGGCACAUAAUUGUAGAGAUGUUGUUUCUAUGUGAGCCAUUGCAGUGCAACACUGUAAACCAGCCGAUCAGAGCAAAGCUCAACAUAUUGAUCCGAAAAAUCAAAAAAACAGCCUGUUCCAUUUAUGGGCCACAAAAUAAGGUGUCUGGACAUUUUUCGACCAAACAAAUUUCACAUACCUUCUAUGUAGAUACCAAAAAACAAUAAAAAAACACUGAAAAAAAUGCAAUCUAUGACACCUCUAUGACACUUGAUCAUUCUAAAAAGCACAAUAAGUGUUAGUUUUAUGUAAUAAUCUUUUUUAAGCUGAUCGAUUUGUAAGUAACCUUUGUAACUCGUGGUUAAAUAAAAAUAAAAAGUGAAUUUUAAA